AUGUCGCCGGCAACCAUUCUAGUGUUGCUCGCCGUGGCCACCGGUGCUUGGUCGGCGGCGGCCUUGAGGCUGCACAGAGGCCACGACUACGAGAGGGUGUUCGACCGGCAGGAAGCCGACCGGGUGGAGGCCCUGCCCGGCCAGCCGUCGGAGGUCGGGUUCCGGCAGUUCGCCGGGUACGUGACGGCGAAUGAGUCCCACGGCCGCGCGCUCUUCUACUGGUUCUUCGAGGCCACGCACGACGUGCAGAACAAGCCCCUCGUCCUGUGGCUCAACGGAGGACCGGGAUGCUCGUCCGUUGGAUAUGGAGCGCUGGAGGAGCUGGGUCCAUUCCUGGUGCAGAACGGCAAGCCUGAGAUCAGCCUGAACCCCUACUCAUGGAACAAAGAAGCCAACCUCUUGUUCGUUGAGUCACCAGCAGGCGUUGGGUUCUCCUACACCAACACCACCAGGGAUCUCAGCCAGUUCGGCGACGAGCUCACCGCCACUGACGCCCAUGGGUUCCUGGUGAACUGGUUCAAGAGGUUCCCGCAGUUCAGGGGCCACGACUUCUACAUCGCCGGGGAGAGCUACGCUGGGCACUACGUCCCGCAGCUGGCGACGAAGGUCGUGGAGGGGAACAAGAAGGCGCACCACAAGAAGGACCGGAUCAACCUCAAGGGCAUCAUGAUCGGCAACGCAGCCAUCGACGCGAGCUCCGACGACCGCGGCCUGGCGGACUACGCGUGGGACCACGCCGUCAUCUCCGACGAGCUGUACGGCGCCAUCAAGAAGGAAUGCACCUUCCCCGACGACGGCGAGGAGAGCGCCCCGUGCAACCAGGCCUGGAACGAAUUCUUCGGCUCCAUCCAGAACAUCGACAUCUACAGCCUCUACACCCCGGCGUGCACCGACACCCUGGCCAACGCCAGCCGCAGCAAUUCCUCCUCCUGGAAGCUCGCCGGCACACCGCUCGCCAGGAUCCACCGUGGGAGGCCGUACAACACCUACGACCCCUGCGCCGACUACCACGUGGUGGACUACCUGAACCGCGGCGACGUGCAGGCGGCGCUGCACGCGAACGUGACGGGCAUGCCCUACGCGUGGACGCCCUGCAGCGACGCGCUCACCAACUGGACGGACAGCGUCAGCUCGACGCUGCCGGCGAUCAAGGGCCUGGUGGAGGCCGGCCUCCGCGUGUGGGUCUUCAGCGGCGACACGGACGACCGCGUGCCCGUGACGUCGACGCGCUACGCGUUGCGGAAGCUGGGCCUGGCCACGGUAAAGGAGUGGCGCGAGUGGUUCACCAGCGACCAGGUCGGCGGCUACACGGUGGUGUACGACGGCCUCACCCUGGUCACCAUCCGCGGCGCCGGCCACAUGGUGCCCAUGAUCAAGCCCGUCCAGGCCAGCCAGGUCUUCACGCACUUCCUCGACGGGAACGAGCUGCCGGCCAAGCCCGUGGCCGCCACCGCCGCCUAGAUUGUUAUGAUGGUCGAGUCAUUACCUAGUUAUUAGUUAGUUAGAGGUGUAGAUUAGCUAGCUAGUUAGAGGUUGAGCAUGCAGUUAGG